GUAUCUGUCACGCGAUCGCCUGAUGAUCCGAUAAUUCGCUUCAUCAGGUCAAUUCGUGCAGAUUACCGCUUCGACUUCGAACGCCAGUCGACGCGCCGCCGACGCCGCUGCGCCGUUUCGGGCUGACGACGACUCCGACGUACGUUUCAUAACAGUCUCGAACGGUGCGUGUCCUUGGCUCUGUUAACGCAGCCCGCGUUAUAGUACAGGACGAGGAUUUUUCUCGGACGUUUUCUAAGUUGUUCUCCGAGACCUAGAGGAGAGAUCGCUUUCAGGAAAAGUCUCGUCGCGCGAGAAACCUUUCGAGAGGUUCGAUUCGCUUUUUCCAUCAACGACCUAACAUGCUCACGACCGCCGUGAGGACCGUCGCCCGCCGCUCGUUCUCCACGUCGAGAUGGGUAGCAGCGCAGCAGAUGACCGUGCGAGAUGCCCUGAACUCAGCCCUGGAUGAGGAGAUGGAAAGGGAUGAGAAGGUGUUCCUGCUCGGCGAAGAAGUGGCCCUCUACGACGGCGCGUACAAGGUUUCUCGAGGUCUCUGGAAGAAGUUUGGGGACAAGCGUGUCAUCGACACGCCGAUUACAGAGGCUGGUUUCACCGGCAUCGCGGUCGGAGCGGCUAUGGCUGGCCUGCGACCAGUUUGCGAAUUCAUGACGUUCAAUUUCUCGAUGCAAGCGAUUGAUCACAUCAUCAACUCUGCUGCCAAAACGUAUUACAUGUCUGCAGGCAGAGUCAACAUACCAAUUGUGUUUCGCGGUCCCAACGGCGCUGCCGCGGGCGUAGGUGCGCAGCACUCACAGUGUUUUGGUGCCUGGUACAGUCACUGUCCUGGUCUGAAGGUAGUAUCACCCUACAACAGCGAAGAUGCCAAAGGUCUGCUGAAAGCAGCCAUUCGAGACCCUGAUCCAGUGGUGGUGCUUGAGAACGAAAUAUUGUACGGAGUGCAAUAUCCUAUGUCUGAUGAGGCCUUGUCCAAGAACUUUGUUGUGCCUAUCGGCAAAGCUAAGAUAGAGCGGGUGGGCAAUCACGUGACAUUGGUAGCACAUUCCAAGGCUGUCGAGGAGGCUCUCGAAGCGGCCAACGAGCUUGCUGGAAAAGGAAUCGAGGCUGAGGUGAUUAAUCUACGUUCUCUUAGGCCGUUGGACAUAGAUACUGUCAUACAGUCUGUGGUGAAGACGAAACACUUGGCGACAGUCGAACAAGGUUGGCCACAAUGUGGUAUUGGUGCGGAAGUCAGUGCGAGAAUCGCCGAGAGUGAAGCCUUUUAUCAUCUUGACGCACCUGUGAUCCGCAUUACGGGCGUUGACACGCCUAUGCCAUAUGCGAAAUCGCUGGAGGUCGCGGCCUUGCCACAAAUCAAAGACAUAGUGAACGCCGUUAACAAAUUGCUAGGAGUCACGCAGUAGUGAACCGUACGCACAUGCUUAGGCGAAAUUAUAAUAUUUCUACGGUUUUCCUAACGCACCUGUUUUCCUACCCCAUGCACCACAUCUCUACUCGGUACAGCGUACUCCUCGUCCAAAUAUCGAUGAAUAACAGUAGAAUAUAGAAGAAUAAACGAGUGACAGUAAGUACAAAAAAUUUCUGUUCAAUAAAGAUAAUACGCUGUCGCCACCAAAUAGAAUAUUUUGGAAACAUUGCCUUAUAAGUUUCAUUUGUUCUUACAAGACAACGGAAAGACGUUUCUAUAAAUUUGAUUUAAUGUAUAAAUGAUGUUUUAAAUAAAUGUGCUUCUUAAGGCUCGUUUUCUAAUAUAAUGGUUAACUAAAAUAUUAGAUUUUAUAUGUAUAAGUUAAAAAUUAAUACAUACUCCCAUAAACUUAUAGUUAAAUAAAUUAAAUUACAUGUUUAAAUAUACAUAACCUUUAGUUUAUUUAACUAUAAAACUUAUGAUAGAGCUUGUAUUAGUUCAUUUUCAACUUAUAGUUUUGGUAUUAUAUAUUAUGAAAACGAGCUAUAAACUAGCGCGAAAAAUGUGCGAUGUGUAUUCUGUAUAUUUAUAUGUAUAAUAUACAUAAUACUAAUAAUGUUAUUAGAUAACACGUUAAUAAAUGUAAAUAUAUAUUUUAGUAAUUAACAAUAUUUUAUUUAAAAGAUAUCCAAUUGUUAUAAUUGCCAACAAAUGCAAAGUGAAAAAUUCUCUAAGUCAUUUCAUUAAUAUUCAUAUUGGAUUUAAAUGAAAUGAAAUCAACUUCCAGUUAAAUGGUUACGUAAUGAGCACAUCGAGUUACUGCCGUAUCUAUACGAACUGCCUUUCGCAUUGUAGAAUUUCACAUCGCGCACUCAAAUGAAAAUAUCAAUAACUUAUAAGAAAAUGUUGAUAAUGCAAUAUGCAUUAUUGCAUAUAUGUAUAUCUAACUGAGCAAUUACAGCAGCAUACGAGGUGCUACUAUUUAUUACAGAAAAUUAAUAAAUACCGUAGUAUAAAUUAUCAAAA